AUGGGGUCGCAGACAAGCAGCAGCCGCCACCAGUCUCUCGGAGACAUGGACCAACCUGGUUUUCCAGGGCUAGGGGCUAUGGGGUCCGCCGAGGGUAGCGCAGAGCUGCUCCUGCCCCACGGCCUGAUGGCGCACGGCGGCGCCAGUGCAGGCGGCCAGUCUGUUUCCUUCUCCGCUGCGGCGGCCGCCGCUGCAGCCGUCGUGGACGCCUCUGCCACGAGUUCGGCUUAUGUGCGGAGAAAUGACGAGGGGAAGCGGACCGAAGACGGCGACGGGAAGGCGGGCGACGGCGCGGUCGAGAAGGCCGAGGAGGCCGAGGGCGCCAACGACGAAUUGAUUCCCUGCGUCUUCACGUGGACUCACGGGGGGCACAGCGUCUACUUGGCGGGGUCAUUCAACGGCUGGAGCGUGGAGAAGAAGCUGCGGCUAAACCGCAGCGGGCACGAAUUCUCGUAUAUACAGAAUCUGCCUCGCGGCGUCCACUACUACAAAUUCAUCGUGGACGAUCAGUGGAAGUACGCCCCCGAUCAGCUAACGAAGACAGACGAAGACGGGAAUAUCAACAACGUGCUGGACAUCUCCUCCUUCACGCACAUCAAUUUCAAGAUCAUUCGCGAAAAUGCCCAGGCGCGGCGCGCGGUGUACCGGCAGUGCGUGCCUGAGCCCUCGGAGUACUCAUCCGACGCGCCUGCGAUUCCCAUUCUCUUGGGGCGGAGCACGUAUCUAGCGAUGGAUCCACCUCCUCGCCCCGGCGGAGGAAUUCCUGUUCACUGUCUGGCCAAUCACCUUUACCACGACGCCUUCGCGCCCGCCGUCUUCGGCCCACACACCUCGUGCAUCGCGACGACGCACCGGUGGCAAAUCGGCAACGCGCGUGCGACAUCUGGACAGAGGUACACCACAUACAUUUACGUGACAGUGAACCCUCUUUAUCCGUUUCCCCCGCCACCCGAAGACGCGGAGGCGGAGGGCGAAACGAACGCGACGGAGGCAGCGGCGCUCGCGGCUGCCGCGUGGCCUAAUCCUGUGGCGAAUAUGGUGGUUUGCCGCGGAAAGAAAAGAAGAGCGCGAAGGAGCGUAGUCUCUUCAGCAGUUGCGCGGGAGCGCUUCGACGCGGCGAGCGCGACCCCAGCAGCUGAGAGCGCGCACGGCGCCGAGAGCCGAUGCUGA